CAGCCAAUGAGAAAACUCGCCACCAGGAAGUCUACAAACAGACACGGAAGUUGCGUUGAUCCACUGCUGCACCAACGUGCUAACGGUAAAGAGCGGUGUGCAGUCAUGUGGCCAGUAGUUUGGACAGCGAUGCGGACCUACGCCCCUUACGUCACCUUCCCGGUGGCUUUUGUGGUCGGAGCAGUGGGCUACCACCUGGAGUGGUUCAUCAGGGGGACCCCCAAACCUCGAGAGGAGGAGAAGAGCAUCCUGGAACUGAGGGAGGAGAGGAAACUGCAGGAACAAGUGGGGAUGGACAGCACACAAGUGCUUAGCCUCAAAGAGAAAUUGGAGUUCGCACCCAAAGCGGCUCUAAACAGGAACCGACCUGAAAAGAGCUAACCUGUCCUGCUGUGAGUGACUCAUGUCCAGUAGGAGGAUAGUGCAUUGGGAGCAAAGGGGACAACCAGAGGGCCAAAACACCCGUUCUUCCAGUUCAACAUGGUAACACACCCUCACUCCUGGCCACCUAAAAGCAUCAGCAUGCCUGUGUAAAUAUCAGACACUUUGUGGAAGCUAAAGGACAGUUAGAGAGUAAAUACAUACCACUCUGUUGAGUCAAAUAUAGCUUAUAUGUGCUGUAUGUGGUUAAAACACCUUAAAACCCUAUGUGACUUCAAAUGAAACCUUCAGCUGUCUCUGAUGACAAGGUUUGAUGCGGUUUGGUCUUCCUUUGUCCUCUGGCUCAAAGAAAAGAACAUUUUCUGUUUUAUUUAAACCUAGUCGUCGUUCCAUGACACAAAUUGUAUUGUGUCUUUACUAUAAAACACAGAAAUGUCACAAAUGUUCAUUUUCUUUGAUUUUUUUUUUUUUUUUUUUUAAUGCAAGAAGCCUGUCACAAAGUAUUUCUCCUUUAAUCUUUUGUGUAUGUUACAAGAAAGGACUUGUGAUUGUGAACAUAAAAGCGCAGGAGGAAAGACAGGUUGUUGUUGUAGCUCUUUUUAUCUCAUGUAACCUUUCAUGGUAUGUGACAAAAUAAGCCAACGUUGUAGGAGGUCUCUCUGGAAGAUUAAGCUGCUUAGUCCUAUUGUCUGGAACAUCUACACACUGCUUUCAUUUUAGAAAGUUGUGAAGGUUUGCGCACUAAAUGUUUUAAUUGUGGUUGAUGUAGCUGUAUAUGACAAAUAAAGGCUGAUUGCUGAACAAGUCUGCCCUACUGACACCUUAGGUAAUCGGCAUCUCACAGUAUUUUUGACAUAAGCAGUUCAUCUACUGAUUCAUUCUGACUAAGUAAUAAGACAAAAGCUUCGGUUUCUGUUUUAUUUUUGGUCACUUGUGUUACUGCUGUAUUGUUUCACAUUCAAGUCUCAAGAAAUAUCUGAUCCCACCAGAUUAUGAAGCGACUGUUGCCAAGGACAAAAAAAUAACAUCAAAGUCAAAGGAAGGACGUAAUGACUCUGCUCAUUCAGCUUCAGGGAGGAAAUUAUUUUCGAGGGAACACGGUAGACAAAGCAGUCCUAAGGAGGGAAAUCACAACCUCAUUCAACUUUAGAAAUGUGACCUAUUGUCUGUUUCAUGUUCUGUGUGGCACAAAGUUCAUUAAAGACUAAAAGUUAAAAUCCAAA